AUGGCCCGUCUCAGCAUCUCCAUCUUCGUCCUCUGCCUCUUCCUGGCCUUGAUGGUCACGGCCAUGCCCGUUAAGCGAGAGGACUCCAAUGGUAACGAGCUGGACGGUACUCUCGCCGAACAGGUCGCAGAACAAUCCCUCGAGUCCGCCAGCAAAAUGCUCGAACAAAUAUCCGGCAAGGAGGACGACGACCAGAAGAAGGACAAAGACAGCAAAUCCGACACCCCCAGCAGCACCACCGACCAGCCCGCAAAUGAGUCCAAGGCUGCCCCUAAGACCGAGGAGAAGGUGGCAAACACUGAGCCCUCCUCCACCACCCCUUCGUCUACUGCCGAGGAGACACCUUCCACCUCUAGCUCUGCCCCUUCGACCGCCUCUUCGCAUGUCGUCAAUGACAACCCGCUCUCCAAGAUCCCUCUUGUGGGUGAAUUGUUGAGCGGUGGUGGGGCUGGGUCUCUUACUGGCGGGCUCUUGGGUUAA